UGGAAUCCAGUUCUUUCCCCUUUUCUUAUCCCUCUCGUAAAAGCACAUUUUUCCUCAACCCUUUAUAUAUAUGUAUAUGGCUUUAAACUUCAAAACCAGACAUCCAAGAACAACUCAACUUUUUUCUAUUUUCAGACAGUGAUUGUUCUCUAAAAGAAAUGGGUGGAUUUCGUUUGUUUUGGUUAUUGUUUGUUUGGGUGUUGGGAAUUGAGAGGGGUGUAUCUGGUUUGGCCUGCAACUGGGGGUUGCAGUCGACUCAUCCAUUGCCGCCUAACAUAGUGGUGAAGCUACUUAAAGACAAUGGAUUCGAUAAAGUGAAGCUGUUUGAAGCUGAUCCAGGUGCACUUAAGGCACUUGGGAAAUCGGGAAUUCAGGUUAUGGUGGGGAUACCGAAUGAUAUGUUGGCAUCGCUUGCUGGAAGCGCUGGAAAUGCUGAAGCCUGGGUUCAACAAAAUGUUUCUAAUUAUAUUUCCAAAUAUGGAACUGAUAUAAGGUUAGUAGCCAUUGGCAAUGAACCUUUUCUUCAUUCGUACAAAGAUAUGUUCACCCAAACAACAUUACCAGCCCUUCAAAACAUUCAAGCAGCUCUGGGCAAAGCUGGCCUAGGCAAGAAGGUGAAGACAACAGUACCGUUAAACGCGGAUGUCUACCAGACCGACAGUGGCUUACCGUCCGGUGGUGAUUUCCGACCCGAUAUCCGUGACCUAAUGCUUAAGAUCAUCAAGUUCAUUCAAGACAAUGGUGGCAUUCUCACCAUUAACAUCUACCCUUUUCUUAGUCUCCAAGCUGACCCCAAUUUCCCUAAAGAAUUUGCUUUCUUUAACAACAAGGCUAAUCCCGUCGUCGAUGGUCCCAUUGUUUACACCAAUGUUUAUGAUGCCAACUUCGAUACCCUCAUUUCGGCCCUUGAAAAGAAUGGAUUCGGACAAAUGCCGGUUGUCAUUGGCGAAGUAGGUUGGCCAACUGACUGUGACCCUAACGCGAACAUAGACAACGCCCGCAGGUUCAACCAAGGCCUUCUCGACCGUAUCAUUCGAGGCCAAGGCACCCCAAAACGUCGUGCCCCACCUGACGUGUACAUAUUUUCUCUCAUCGACGAAGACAACAAGAGUGUUGAGCCUGGGAACUUCGAGAGGCAUUGGGGUAUCUUCAAUUACGAUGGAAGUAUCAAAUAUCCGUUGGAUUUGGGAAAAGGCAAAGCACUCACCCAAGCCAAAGGCGUCAAGUACUUGGCUAGGCAAUGGUGCGUGUUAUCGCCUUCAGUGGGCGUUUCGGACCCCAACGCGUUGGCUCAAAGCAUUAGCCAAGCUUGCCAGUACGCCGAUUGCACAAGCAUUGGCCCCGGAUCCUCGUGUUCUAAUCUAGACCCCCAACGCAACGCUUCAUAUGCGUUCAAUAUGUAUUAUCAAACCAUGGAUCAAAGGAAAGAUGCAUGUUCGUUUAAUAACUUAUCAACGGUUACAACCGUGGAUCCAUCUCAGCCACCUUGUCGUUUCGAGAUCAUGAUCGACAUCGGGAAACACGAACUCUCUGUGUCUAACAAAGUUCCAGCAGCCGGAUUUGGAAGCCUGCUACUUGUAUCUCUGAUGCUGGUAUUGGGUUUGGCUAAUGGUGUCCACUGAUUGGAAUCCAUCCUUUGCCUUUGAUGCAGAGUCAAGCAGGCAAAUGAUAUGAUCAGUUUCAUUUCUUUUGUUUGUUGAUUUUAAAAUUUUCCUAGGACUGCAUUGAUUAUUUAAUGUGACUCCUUUUUACAUUGUAAAAUAACCAUUGAUUCUAUAAAUUUAUUGUUGAAUUUUAAA